AUCAUGUAAAAUCUUUUUAAAUAGAGUCCAACAAGCAUCGCAUGUCCUAUAUACACGUAAAAUAUUAGGAUUAAGACUGUGAUAUUUUGCUGCCUAUUUUUCCCUUUAGUUAACAUACAGAUUCCUUCAGCCAAUCAGAAAGUGACUUUUCAGACUCUAUCUCAAGGGAUUUUAAAAUCAUGCUCAAUGAGGGGUUGGUUAGGAAACAACCUCAGUAUUGUGAGUGGUGAACAGUCAUUUCUUAAUCUGUAAAAUAGUUAUAACUAAUCGAGUCUUUGAAUAAAAAACCAAUCAAUUAGUAAUUAAAUUUUAAAAAAAUAUGUAUCGAACUACCUUGCACUUAUGGUUAACCCCACUUAAUAAGACAUAUGAGAUUGCGAAAUAUCGUAACCCAAAAUUAUUUUUUUCAAUGAAAUCCAACUACUUACCAAUUUGUGUCAAUCAUAAAAAGAGAACUGAAUUGAGAUUUAAAAUAUUGUCACAAUCGACUAUACAAUAUUCAUCUAAAAGCGAACGAAAUAGAACAUCAAGUCGAAAGGGUUUUAUUAUCUUUAGUACGAUUACGUUGGGAACAUUUGGUAUUUUAACUUUAGUGAAAAAUAAUCCAGAAAUUAGAGAAACUCUGGAAAAAUGGAUUCCUGGCACUGAUCGUACAAUUAGAGUUAUUUUUCAAGAAGACAAUUCGCAUGUUGAUAAAAUUUUCGGUUUUUUUAAUAGUGUAAAAGACAGCAUAUUUGGUGCCGCUCAGGAAGCUGAAUCAACAAAAAAAGUUUCAACUAAAAAAGAACAAUUAACACAAGGAACUGAUUUAGAUAAUAUUCCUGACCUCAAACUGAAUACCAAGAGUAUUGAAGAAGAUGGUCAAAAAAGUUCAGAUAUCAUAGAUGUAAAAAAUGAACCUAUCAUUCAAAGCCCGUCACCAUCAAAACCAAUCAGUCUUUCAGAACUAGACAAUCGAUGCCAUCAAAUAGGAACGAGUGCCGUUAAUUCUUAUAAUGAUGCUUUUAAAAUGAUUCAAGAUUAUAACUCAUAUAUUAUCAAAAUUUUGGAAGAAAAUACCGUUUAUUCAAAAUCAUCAAUGUGGAAAAAGUUGAAAGAAGCAACGGAAGAAAAGAAAAAUGCCAUAUCGCAAUGUGAAAAAGAUGCAACUGAUGCUUUUAAUUCAUUGAAAAAUUUAUCAAAAUAUCUAGACCAAUUUUCUACUGAUUCAUCUUAUACAUCGUCUAAAGAAAAUAUAAAUAAAACAAUAGCAAAAAUUCUUGAAGCUAAAAAAAAGUAUGAUAGUGAAAAGCAAACUAUCAAAGUAUCUGAACAGUUUUGGAAAAAAGUUAAAAUUGCACAAGAAAAUUUUAAUGAAGAAUUGGAAAUUUUGUUUCCUAAUUUAAAAAUACAUGAAAAACGUUCAUCAAUAAAUGCGGAAAUGCUUGACUUAUUUAUUCUUUACAUGUAUAAUAAAGUCAACUAUCUUCAAACUGAAUUAGAAAAACUUGAAACUUUAGGCAAUGAAAAAUUAAAGUCAGUACUUAUGUCAUCUGGAAAACUAGAGAAUGAAAAUAAAUUAAACGAACUUAUUUUUAGAGAAGUACAAAAAGAAAGGCGACAACUUCAAAAUGAAUUUCAGAAAGCAUUUCUUGCUGAAAGAAAAGUAUUUGAAGAAAAUCUUGUUAAUCAAUUAAAAUUACAAGCUCAAAUUAAUGCGGAUCAAAUGAAAGAAACACUAGAUCUGAAGGAACAAGAAGUACAAAGAAUGAUACAACGUUCUUUGAGCGAACAAUUAGAAAAAGAAUCUAAUAAGUAUAAAUCACAGAUUGCUGUGAUUGUUGGUCGUUUACGAGGAUUAGAUGAAGCUCUCAAAAUUAGAUUGAAUAAAGAAAAAGGUGCAUCUAAAGCACAGUUCUUAUGGGCUGCUUGUCAAGCUUUAGCAAAAAAACUCGAAGCAGAAUCGAAUAAUUUAAUAAAUGAGCCUGUUAUUAAACCAUUAAAAAAUGAAAUAACUGCCGUCUCUAAUAUAGCACUAAAAGAUGAUGUUCUUAUUCAAACAACACUUGCUGCUAUUCCUAAAGAAGCUGUAGAAAGAGGUGUUUAUUCUGAAGUUGCAUUACGAGCACGCUUUUUACAAGUAGAACAUACAGCUAAGAAACUUGCACUUGUUCCGGAAGAGGGUGCAUCUUUACCUAUAUAUUUCUUGAGUUAUCUUCAAAAUUUACUUAUAAAAAAUAAUACAAAUAUGCUAUCUAAAAAAGAACUGGCUGAUGAACCUAUUGAUGUUAACAAAUUUGAUACCUACGAAAUUCUCAAUCGAGCUCGAUUCUGGCUUGAUCGAGGAGAUUUCAAGAUGGCUCUUAAAUACAUGAAUCUUUUAAAAGGUGCAUCUAGAUCUGUUGCAAAAGAAUGGAUGAAUGAAAUGAAAAUUUUGUUAGAAACAAAGCAGGCUGUAGAUAUAUUAAUAGCUUAUACUGGAGCAAUAAGUCUACUAUUUUUGAGUAAUAAUGAAAAGCAGAAAGUUGUAAAUUAAAUAAUUUUUAUGAAUUGUCGCGUCUAUAAAUUUGAAUUAUUGUUUGAAUAACACAAAAAACGCUUUUCCGAAAAAUGGAUUUAACUGGACGUAGUCAACUUAAUGGAUAUUCAUAGUUAUAACAUAAUAAUCAUCCAAAGUAACUAC